AUGGCCUACAUGCUGGUUUACUACAGGGAUGUUUCCGUGUCGUUUGUCUGGGAGUCACAGCCAGGAACUCUCAAGCACAGAUUCGCCGACGACGGCGCCGCGCUCUGCCCUCCGCUCACUCCUCCUCUCUCUUACUACUGCAAUUCCAAAAUGACGGCGCCCGGUGCUCCGGCCAUGGAAAAAAAGGUGCUAUCGGGAUCCAUCCUUCUACGAGCUUUGCUCACCAAGGUGAGUCUCCAGAGAACCAAAUCAGCCGUCGCUGCGCCGUCACUCUCCCUCUCGCCGUCUUUCUCCUCGUUCUCCGCCACGCUCACGCCUUCCAUAAGGGCAUGGAAUACCUAA